AGGACAAUCAACUCACUACCUACCACACAGAAGUCGCGACGGUUUAUCUCAACGCGGCUUCCAUUAAAUUAUUCUAUUUGUGACGAAGAAACUUUAUUAUUAUCUAUUAUUACCCAAUUGGGAUCAACAACUCGUCCCUAAUGGGUUUAACACGGCGCUAAAACAACUAGCGCAGAGCUUCUUCUCAAUUAUGAGGCACCUUCCUCCAACAAACUGUAUCGGAUGGAUAGCAACGCAACUUCCAUGAUCGAGUCAACUGGUACGCAGGUACAUGGUUACGGUCGAAUUCUAAAAACUAUAAAUACACCUCGACCCCGGCCGCCUAAUUUAUUUUUACCUUUCACCUAUUCAACCACAGACUCGGGCUUAACCUUAACCUUAACUCCCAUCUCUCGCACACGACAACCACAAUUCCCUUGAAGGCUUUAGGACUAUUACCUAUAACAAACCUAAGCCUGUCAACACAAAGACGUAGAGAUGGAGAACACCGAGCUGGUUAACCAGGGGAUGACCCAAGUAUUCACUGGGCUCGGGAUCCUCCUUGGUGCUGGGCGGAUCAGCAAUGCCACCCACGAAAAGAUCAUGGGCCUGAUCCAGGCAGACCAGAACCGCGCCAUCGUCGACAACACUCCCAUGGCGGCGGAGACAAGAACUGGUCGCCCCGGCCAAGGAAAGGAGACACCCGACUCCAUGGGGUCUGAAGAUUUACUCGAGCUAGGCCGAGAGUUUUCUAGCACCUCCAUUGGGGACAAACACAGUCGCGGCUUGACAACACACGCCAGCACAGAGCCGAAGAUUGUCUGUCCUUGGUGGUCCACUCCGGGAUUCGAGUGUCGACUCGUGGGAAAGGGACACUGUCCAUUUCACCACGAGCACGUCCCGGGUGGACUAGUCCAGCCACUAAUUUGCCAUUUCUGGACAAGUGGCGGACGUUGUACCAAGGCAGAUAAAGACUGCAAGUUUGCCCAUUACCUUGCCGACCAUCGCAUCGUUGCUCCUGCGCCUAUAAAGAAGAAGCCUGAGAAGACUUCGACUGGAUUAGACUACAGUGAGCACUUUGCGGUACCCCGCCCAGCCGUGCUGUCCGAAGAGAACGAUAUCGGCAGAUGGCAUACCCGGCCGCGACCUCCUCCUGAGGGGGACUGGUAGAGCGAGUCGGCUCAACUUGGCGGGCGGGGCGGUGCCAAUGGAGGUGCUAUUAAGGGUAUAAUUCGAGGCUGGCUUGGAGUAGGUAGCGGAGGAGGGUAGGUUGGGGGAUAUUAUUGAUAAGGAGGUGUUGUAGAACCUAUUUAUCCUUAUAACCGACGCUUUAAUCCGGUUAACGAUUAACGACUAACGCGAUAAACGAAUAAUGAAUCAACCUAUUCGCGAUAAUCAAAUAACCUUUCCCCUUUCCAUCCAUUUUAUGCUUAAGUUACCGGUGAAAUUUUACAAUGGUCAUACCUGUAGUCUGAUAAUCUGAUAUCUGUCCAAGGUAGAUUAGGCACCUCAUAAG